AUGGUGCAUAACUGUAAACUCGACCAUCAGUCCUCUAGCCCCGAUGACCUCAGACCCUUCUCAAUUGAGAUUGGGAUGUCACAGGUUGAAGCGUGUGGCACAUUAGCUCAGGUAUGUCCUGUGUCAUCCAUAUGUGUCCGCACCGAAGAGGGAUUUUACUGUGAAUGCCAAAACGGUACCAUACCCAGUAUCACUGCAGGCAAAACAUUGGUUUGCAAAGAUCUUCACAGCAGUGAGGGAACGUCGCCUGAGGCUCAAUUUAACAAUCUGAACAGUGUUGUCAAGAAUUUGACGGAUGAUGUUGUUUUAGAGCCAUACGUUGUGUCGUCCUUACUGGAGAGAUUACAAGAUGCCCUUACUGAGGUGCAACAGGAUACCAGUGGAAAGAAGCUGGUGGUCUUGGGUGAUGCCAUGCUGCAGUCCACCGAAAAGCUGGUGGGGGCCCUGGUGGAGCCCACGACCACAAAUGCCAGCAAAACCCUGAUGACCAAAACUAUGGAAGUACAAACCUUUACCAUCGGAAAGGACUAUAAGAGCAAUAUGAGUGCCAAUGUUGAAAAUAAGAAUAACUCUUUGGAUUUAGACCUUGUUGGUAUUGCAAGGAACAACAAUGGAUCUGCCGCUGUGGCCUUCACAAACUUCAAGAACUUGAGUUCAGUUCUGACAGCAGACCUCUUCUACACUGUCAAUGAUACAAAGAAGACCAUGAUGUCGGCAGUUCUGAGUGCCUCCCUACCAAAAACCCCACACAAAGUCCUGCCAAAUCCAGCCAACAUCACAAUGAAACACAUCCAGAGUCUGGACCCUCAGGGUGUGCUCUCCUGUGUGUACUGGAAUGGCAGCGCCUGGGCGGUAGACGGCUGUGAUGUCACCCAGACCAACGCCACCCACACCGUCUGCACCUGUGUGCAUUUCUCCACCUUCGCUCUGAUCAUGCAGGUGCAGCGACCUCCGGAGGCGAAGGCGGAGACAAAACAGAUGAUGGCGUUACUGAAUACGAUCGUUGUUUCUAUUGGGUUGGGGUUCUUGACCCUGGCCGUGAUGGCCUUUGCCCUCUGUCGAUGGAAACCCCAAGUGAACAACACGACUCGUCUGAACCUCUGCAUCAGUCUGCUGCUCGCUCACCUCCUCUUCCUGCUCGUCCAGGAGUUCAUCCACUUCAUCCACCCUCACAAGAUUGUUUGCAAGGUGCUCUCAGGAGUUCUUCACUACCUCUUCCUGAGCAGUUUCACGUGGAUGCUCCUGGAGACUAUAUGGCUUUUCCACACUGUCCUCAGGCUCAAAGACAUCAGAUCCCCACAGGGGCUGGGACCUCACUGGGGAUACCAGUGCCUGAUUGGUUAUGGAGGUCCCUCGGCUGUUGUUGCUGUUUCAGCUGGAAUUAUGCCGGAUGGCUAUGGGAGUGACAGGUGCUGGUUGAACAGAGAAUUCACCUGGAGUUUUCUUGGUCCUGUGUGCUUCAUCCUUGGAACAAACACUGUCCUCUUCUUCAUCAUCACCAUCCUCCUUCACACUACCCUGUCACGGAUGCAACAUGGCCCCACACACAAUAAACGAAUCAGGAUGUUGGUGUUUAAAACCCUGAUCCAGUCUUUAAUCGUUGGUUUGCCUUGGAUACUGGGAUUCUUCACUGAAAGCAGCCAGGCCGUGGACGUGCUCUUCCUUGCACUCAACAGCCAACAGGGAACCUUCAUCUUCCUGCUACACUGUGUUCUCAAUGAGGAGGUGCGACAGCAGUUCUGGAGUUGCUGCUGCAGGAGAAUGAGAGAGAAGGAGACUGGCAAAGUGGUGUCCUCUACAAUGUAACUUAAAAUUUCCAUCCAUGUUCUCUUCAUUAAUGAGAGUACACUAUUAGUACACUUCCAUUGCAGUUCACAACAACUACACCAUUCCUUGUUUGAAAUCAUCAACUUACUUUCAUUCUCCUAUUCAUUUUUUGUGAUACUUUAUUAUGACCGUCGUGCAGCGAAGCGGCGGUCAUAUAGGUUUAGUCAGAUU